CAGUGUUGCUUCUGCAAAGCUUAUAGGAAGUCCUCUAUUGUGGUGAAGCUUUAGACCAACUUAUGUAGCCAUGUUCAGCCAUCGUCUCAAACUGUCAGAGCGUUGCAGUUGCACAAUGCAUAUCUCUCACCCGAACUCAGUGCUUUUAUUGCUUGCUGUUUUCUGCAAUCUGCUGGUUUGUCUAGCAGGAGUGUCUGUGAUAUAUCCACGAGACCCAUAUAUUAAAGCCGAAGGAGAUACUUUAACGCUCAAGUGCAUGGUGCACUAUGAACCAGAAAAAUGCAAAGACAUUCAGACCAGAUGGUGCGGUCUAAACAAAGAAGACCGCUGUAUUUACCUCACGAAUCCAUCCAGGUACCUAAUCCAGGUAAAUGAGACAGAAGAGAAAGAAUAUCGACAAAGGAGAAUUUUUGUCACCUUCAAUUCCUUGACACGUCAAGACACCACCUACUAUCAGUGUAAUGCAGUAUGCAGCAGCGGAACUGAAGGCAAAGGCCAUCUCGUGCACCUUAAUGUGACAGAUUUGAAAGCCUCAAAAUGGAGCGGCCAGCGCAAGGUGGACACAGCUUUGCUUACACUGAGUGUCGCUGUACUUUUAUGGAGUUAUUAAGGACAAAAACAAGGGUGCAUAUGACACACCAAUGCUGUGAAUCUAUUUUUUUUUUACAUUAUUUUAAAAAUGUUUUAUUCUAAAUAAACCAGAGACAGAAACAAUUUGGUCUUACUGACUUUCAUUCGAGCUUCAUGCAGUGUGAUUUGUUUUAUUUAGGAUAUUUAUUUCUAUUUCACUGUCAUUGUAAUAUUCAAAGCAUGCUGACAUCGAGAUUACAUUUAAAUGAGUAUUAUAAUAGAUGUUUUUUGUGCUACCCUGUAAGUGGAACUAGCAGUGCAGUGGUCUAGACCUGUGGGUGAAAAUGAAAGCUAGGUUGUGAAAACCCUCCACAAAUAUAAGUUUACUGGCAUGAUGCUGAAACAAGGCUUUAUGGUUAGGCUACUGGUUGAUUUCUGUAAAUCCAAAAAUAAAAAAUUAUAAAGGUUACUUGAAGCUCUGGUCUAAAACCAGCACAUUUGAUCAUUUCGUUCAUUUUUCUUUAUUUGACCAUUUGCACCAAUUUCUUAAUUUGCUCAACAGGUUCAUACUGCAUUGGUGAUUAUAGAUUGAAUGUUGGUACAUACUUGCACACAUGGAGUAAGUGUUCCAGUUUUGGGUCAUACCAAUAUGGGUGUAAAUGUGUCACACUGUGCACCACAGACUCAUGAUGUCUCAGUAAUUAUUAGGGAUCUAGCUAAAUUCAUUACCCUACUAUUCAUUAUUUCAUAUUUUUACAGUACUUUGUUCAUUUCAAUCUCACAUUCAUUUGCUAAUUUUUGCCUUCGGCCAUGUCUAUGCAGAACCACUGUACAGUAAACCACUCAUCUGUAUAGCACACGCACAGAUUGUUGGUAUAAGCACAAUGCAUACUUUGAAAAACUGCUGAGAGUGCUUCAUCCAGCUACCUAUAUAUGAAUUAUAAUGUAUGAUGUUUACACUACAAUAUUCCAUAAAAAAAUAAGAAUUAUCAGUUUUGAUUUCAUGGGGACUUUAACAUGUUAAAUUGUGAUUUAGGUUCCAGUAGGCUAUUUAUAGGCAUUUAUUGUUAGAGAGAAGUGUGUGUUAUUAAAUUAACAGACAGCACACCUGGGUUCAGUAACUGAAAAUUGUGCCCCUUUUGUGGGCAAUAAUAAUAAACCAAAGAUGUGAAUGACCUGAACAGUCUGCCUAAUUGGGAAUUCAGUGCCUUGCUCGGCUUCAAAUGCGGGCCACCUGCAAAUUUACUGUUUUUGUUCAUAAUUUUUUGGGGCCUUUAAUUCAUAGGCCGGGUUUGGGGGGAGGUUGCUCAGGCCUCACAGGCCAUAGCCAAUUAUGAUUUUGUCUGGGCUAUUAAUUAAAUAAAAAUAUAAGUUUUCAGUCUAGACAGCUCUUACAUUUAUUUUAGUCUAUGAGUAGUCUAAUUAAAUAAAAAAUAAAGGUUAGACAAAGAAAAACCGCCCCUAUAAAAACCAUGAAGCCGCACUCUCUCACUAUUUUUAAAGUGCAGUACCCUUCUUUGCCGCUAGGUGCCCCAAGCGCAAACGCCAAACUACGCCUAUGCUUUAAUUGGAAUAAAAAAUGUUUUAGACGAUAAUUUUUUUAUAAAACUAAUAAUAACUGUUAACCAUCAGUGAGGUGGAUUUUCAAUAUAAAAGAAAUUUGUUGAAUAAUAUACGAAAUCAUUCAGCGAAUAAAUGUAAAAGUCGUCGUGUGACAUGCGUGACCUUGCCUCAAAAAAUGACUAAAAAUAAACUUUUUAAGAAGUUCGUCACGGUGUUUUGUCUGUAGUGCCUGUGCCUCUCUAAUUUAUUAAAAGCCUCACAAUGCCUUUCCUAAACAGUUUAACAUUUGAAAUUUGCGCAAUUUUUUUCCGGAAGUGACGCAAUAUUUGACCCCUGAGACUUUUUGUAAUUAUAUGUUUUCGCAUUAAAUUGGCAAAUUGAUUUAAGCUUGUUUGCCAACAUUCAGUUUCGUUAUCAUGCAGACUCUCCCCUUGGCCUUUAUUUUCGCAUCUCUGAACUCAUUCGACGAUUAAGUAAGUCAGGUAAUUUUGAGGUUUUCAUUUGGAAACUUUUAGAUCCUAAAAAUAGAUUUCCUGAAACCUGUUUACUUUCAGUUUAUUUUCUGCUCAUGUAACGUUAACCUUUG